AUGGAGAAUGCCACGCCCUAUGACUUCUCAGGAUCCUCGUGCAGCCGCGAGGCCACACAGGUGCGAUUCAUGUACUUUUCGCCGGAGGAGAUCAAGUCGCUGAGCACUGUGGAGGUGAACGAUGUCUCCACCUUCGAUGAAUGGGGUGUUCCCGUUCGAGGCGGGCUUCAUUCGUUAGAAAUGGGCCCAAUUGCCGACAGCAAGCACAGCCCCAUGGUCUGUCAGACUUGCGGCCUGGACAAGGACUGUCCUGGACACUUGGGGCAUAUCCAGCUGGCUGCUCCGUUGUUCAACCCUUUCAUGAUGAACAACUUGAUGCAGCUGCUGCGUCAGACGUGCCAGAAGUGCCACAAGUUCAAGUGCAGGGAGGCAGUCACAGAUGCCUUUGUGCGCCAGCUGGAACAACUCUCUCCCGGGGAGAUCCCCGAACCGAGGUACCAAGCAGCUUCCAAGCCUGGGCUUCUCUCAGAGAUCAGCCCAGAUCCUGCAGACAUCGUCUUCCGGGUGGAGGAGAUCACCAGAGACGGUACCACGACGACCAGGGAGGUAAGGAAAGCUCAAGAUCUCAAGCAGACGAAGCAGGCAGCAGAAAAAAUGGUAGCCACCCUUGAUGCCAAAAGAGCAGAGCAGGAUGCUGCCGCAGCCGCUGCGCGCGCCGGUCAGAGCAACGGUGCUCACGGACCCCAGGUGUCCAGCUCGCUGGAGGCCAUUCGGCAAGUGAUUCGAGACUUCAACACCAGCCUCCCCGCCAGCUGUGCACGCUGCCAGGCGCAUGCCAAGUGGCGCAGGGAAGGUUUCGAAGCUAUGUUCGUCACCCAGAAAGGCGGCAAGGAUGGGUUGCGGAAACUCCGACUGGACAUUUCUGCGUAA